AUGACGGCCUGCCACGCCUGCUCCAGCGAGGCCAAGUACCGCUGCCCUGGCUGCGGCACCCAGAGCUGCUCGCUCGCGUGCGUCAAGAAGCACAAGGAGGCGACGCAGUGCUCGGGCAAGCGCGACGUGACCGCCUUCCGCGCCAUCGGCGAGUUUGAUGACGCGUCCGUGGUGAGCGACUACCACUUUCUCGAGGCGGGGCUCCGCUCCCUUCUGCCCGCGGGAAUGCAGCGCGCGCGCGAAAACAGCUCGAGCUACGACGCGCGGCGCAAGUUGCUUCGGUGGCGCGUCGAGCUGCGGUUCGGGCGGGCGGGUAUCACUCACGUCGAGGCGGCGGUGGGCGACAGGACGAGCCUCCGGGCGCUGCUCGAGGCGCUGCGCUCCUACUCGCGCGAGGGCGUCGGCGCGCUGCGCGUGCUGCUGCCGCUGCAGCAGCGGCCGGCCAACGACCCUCGCUUCGUCCUGCUCCCGCUCGACGCGAGUCUGGGCGAGUCGCUCCGCUCGCACGUGGUGAUCGAGUUCCCGACGUUGCACGUGGCGAUGCCUUGCGAGGACGCUGAGUACGCGCUGUUUGGCGGAGAGAGGGAAGGGCCGGCUGGUGGCGCUGCUGCUGGCAGUGGAGGUGGCGGGGCGGUGGUGUCCUUCCAGCGCGUGCACGCUUCUGACGCAAUGCGCGUCACAAACUGCCUCGGCGACUGGCUGCUGGCACUCUCGAGGCUAUGCCUACACAGCCUCGCGCGCAUGGGCAGUCAGGAAGGACCAUGCACCUUCUCCGGACAGCGCCGGGUGGGUGCCUAA